AUGGAUAUGACAGUCCAUGAUUUUGAUGUGCUCGAUUUUUCCGCGCGUUGGGCAGCUUUUAAGCUGUUAGCAAGCAGUUCCUUGCCCGGGGACGGGAGUUAUACACAUAUCCACUCACCUCUUCUCUGGCUGAUUGUCACCUUUUCCUUGCCUGGUUGCUCAACCAUCUGCAUACCAAAUACCUCCUUCAAGGUCUUUUGUGCAUCGAGGAAGACGAGUUUAAAGUGUCGUGAUCCGCCAUCACCUAGAACUUUGGCAGAUAUGUCCGCUCUGCGAAUGGGUUGGCGUGAGUAUUCGCUAGCUAAAGCCAGCCGAACCAGCUUCUUCACCAUCACGUUCAUUGACACAGAGGUCUGCAGGUGGCCGCCAGGUUGGUAUUCAUUUUCAGACUCGGGCGUGGCGCUCCGCCGGCGCUGGGUGGCUCCUUGA